AUGAAGGCUUUUCAAAUAUGGCUACAGUUGAUGACGAUGAUUUUAACGCAACUCGUCAUGCUCAUACCUGCAGAGCCUCUUUCGAGUAGGAUGUUUAUUAGUAUUGUUAAUUUCAUCACGAGAGUUGCAGGUUUUUUUGACGGGCUCGACAGUCGCAACGAGUGCAAGGCGCGACUUGACCGACGAAUCACAGGUGUGCACUUUUUCUCCCACAAGAUGAAUCGGCUGUUCCGAAGAUCCAUUAAAAAAAGUGACAGCCAGCCAAGCAUUGGUACAACCACUUUUUUAAGAGAAGAGAAAGAUGUUGCAACAGAUUUUCGUUCCGCAGAUUUUUUGAGGGCUCUCCUAUCGGAAGUCUUUGAAAUAAAGAAGUAUCUUAAGAUUUUCGCUUUUUUAAACACUAAUAAAAACUCGAGUGAGCGAUCGGCUUUUCAAAGUUUACAUUAUCAUAUCUUUUUUGGAGACUUCAGGUUUGAACAUUAGGCUUCUGACUUAUAAAUAGAAAACUUUUUUUGAUAACUGAACAAAAAAAUAAUCUUUUUUUGAAUUUAUUUUUCCGGCUUUUUUUCGGUUUUAAUAAGUAACAGCAAGAAUUAAUUUACAAAUUUCCUCGAUUAUCAAGGGUCUUAAGUUCAAAAACUUCUUUUGAAUGCGAUGAUGAAGGUUCAUAAGGAGAGAAUAGCCAGGCUUAUUUUGGCUUACUCUAUUUUUUUCCCUGAAAACAAAAAAAAAAAUAAAGUUCAAAAAAAAAACCAAAUGCUCGAUUUAAAAUUACUGAUAUUUAUUGCAAAUUUUGAAGUUGCUUUGUUUUGAAAUAUUCCAUUCCUUCUGAGAAAAAAAGGAAAAUUUUAGGGUUCUCUGGAAUCUUGUACUCGCAUUCGAAAUACGGGAAAGAAGCUUACAAUGCCAGUCGAAACUGCGUUCUCAUGUUAGUGGCGCCCAUCGGCUACCGCGUUCGCGUCAGAGCACUUCUUUUUGACGUCCCCACCAAUACUUCAGCCACCUGCGAAAAAGACACUCUUCAUGUUUUCGAUGUGAGUUUCCCACAAAGUGGUUGGAAUGAGAAACGGUUCAAACUGUUUGAAACGUUUCAUUGUGAAAAUAAACUGACGAGGGAAAUAUCUGGCGUGGGGGGGGGGGGGUGAGGAACAUAGCAGAUUUGUCUUUUACUUCCGGAGUAUCAAGUCCUAAAUUUUCAAAAACUGUUGACUGAAAAAUCAGGCUGUUGAGUUUAUACACAUUUUCGGUCGGCUACUUUUCAGUGAUCUUUUUUUUGUUUUUUUGAAUGUUUUUCUCGAAAAAAAGGAAUUUUUUGUUUAGCACGAAACAAUGGUAGAUCCGGAAAGCUUUGCUCCUCCAAGAAUUGAUGACAUCACUUCUCCAGGACCAAUCAUCGGUAAUUAUUGCCCUGAGAGCAAGAGAAAGAAAGUGUGAUUACAGGCCAAUUUUGCGGACAUCUUCCAAAUCGCGUGCUCAACGCAAGCACCAACAAUGCGAUGACAUUGUGGUGGCACGCCAAUGCUGAAAAUGCCGGAAAUCCCUCGAAAGGCUUCAAACUACAUUGGAAUGCCUUCCGAGCCGCUAAAACAGGUGAAAAGUUUAACUUUCCUGAAACGUUGAGUUUGAAAACAACUUUUGCAGAUCUUCCGUAUGAAAAAGAAUGAAAUGAUUCAAAUUGGAAAAGACUUUUUUAGACCAGCUUGACUGGUUUUAGACUGGUUGAGAGAGUCAAACCUUCAAAUAUUUUUCAAACCUCAUAAAGGUUGCUAAAAAAAUAAAAAAAAUAGUUUUUCAAAAUGCCAAAAAAACGUUCUCAUAUUUUUAAUGAUUAACCUUUUUUUCGAAUCUUUCUGCACAUUUGUUUUUCAAUAUUUUUUUGAAUCUAGCACGUUCUUUUUUUGCACAUUUUGACGAGGUUCCUUUACAAUUAGGGGAGCCAGAUAAAAUUUUUCUUACCUUGGUUUUUAAAAAUAGUUUCACCUCACACUCACAAAAGCAAUAUUGAACAUUUCCUCAAACUCAACCUGAUGUUAUAGAAACAGGCGACAAAACUAGUAUCGUUCAACAAAAAAUAAUUUCUCAUAAAAAUGAAGAUUUGGUGUAGAAACACAACUGCAACUGGGCGUAUUUCCCUUAAAAAGAGCAUCAAUCUUGCGACGCAUCCAACCGACAAUUGCAGGAACGUGCCAGCCCGAUAAGGAGUUCUCCUGCGGGAAUGACGAAUGCAUACCCUUAGAACUGGCUUGUGACAAGUACCCCGAUUGCGCAAACGGCGCUGACUUGGUUCAUUCUCGUCAGCUGGAAGCCAAUUGUCUGAGUAAGGAUUGUCGAUCGUUGAAUGAAACUUUGGAAAUUCAUCGGUUAUUUCAAAAAAAAAAAAAAAACGAUUGCAGACGUGAGCCUGGAUCCUUUAACAUCAGUCAGCGGACUAGUCGUCCUUCUUCUCUCAGCCAUCGUCAUUUUAUCUUGUUGCUGCGGAAUAGCAGCAGUAUGCUACUGUUGCAAGAAAAUCCAAUCCAACACUCCUUUCAAAGGUAUGUCGGUAGUUUUGAAACAAAAAAAAAGAAGAAAACUCGGUCUUAGGCUCAUCACAGCAAAGUUCAACGAACUGUGUUGACUACAAGCCUGAGCCUCCUCAGUUCUACCCGCCGUCUCCUCCUAAGAUGCCACCACCUUCCGCUGCCAGUGACUACACUCCUAGAAAGCAAAUACACUUGUAGGUCUCAAAAAUCUUUUAUACCCUUCAAAGAACUGUGUGACUUUAAAAAAAAAUUGACUGAAACUUUUUCCUUACCAGGAAAAGUGGUCUGAAUAUUCAAUCUGGACGGAGCUAAAAAAAACUCAUAAACAUAUUUACCAAGAACAGCCACUUUUCAGUGAUCCCUCGAUUCCUACUCAAAACGAGAACAACUACCGAAUUGUUCGCCUUCCAGCUCAGUUUGGAGAAACCGACGAUUACACCUACGUUCGGAAUGACGUUCAUCGCAACCUUCUUUGA